CAAUACUCCGAACAAACGUGAAACCACGCCCAUGGGUGCCGUUUAAGCCUCUUGAAGGGCACAUCGAAGGUCCCGCCCCUGCCCUGCAAGCCCCGGACUGAUACCUUACUUGGCAUGUACAACAUCAGCACGCAUAUCAUACCUGCAGCGAACCCCAGAGUCACCCCGGAUAUUCCAGUUCCUGAGCUGCCACCUCGCUCUUCGAAAAGAACCCUGGGCGAUAUCAAGAAACUGGGACUUGAUCUCAUGGAAAGACAAGUUAGGCAAGAGGAGGACAGCCAUUUCAGUGUCUCGAGCGACAAGUUGCUGUGGAAUUGUGUCAACAGAUAUGUGAAAAAGGACCACAAGGCUAACGUCAGAACGAAGGGGAUCACUUUGUUCCUUGUGCAAGCAGUGGGCUUUCCUAUGGAAAUGUGGGAGACCACUCUAUGUUAUUUACUAGCUGCUUCUGGUGUCAUAGAUGAGAUAUGGUCAUGGGAGUCAGUGCAACAUGGGGACGCUGCUCUGCUAAACAGACAGAAUCUCAGUGGUACCUUUGACUGGAUUGACAACACGAGAGACAUUGCAAACUUUCUUAUCAACUACAUGCCAGAAGAGGUAGAAACAUCUGCACUACCUGUUCAACUUCAUCGACUUCCUGCAUCCAUUGGCGAAUCACGUCAAAAGUGUGGCUUCUCUUCGCGCACCCUGGUCGCAACAGGACACUCAUUUGGUGGUUGCUCGGUGGCUUUAGCCGCGUUGCAUUUUCCGGCCUUGUUUUCCUCAAUGAUCCUCAUCGAUGCGAUGAUCGAUACAUAUCUAGGAUAUGUGUGGGAGAACACGCAGCGCAUGGUCGGGGCUUCCUUGAUAAGGCGCGAACAAUGGCCAUCACGGGAGGAUGCCUUGCGUUCCUUCAAAUCUUCACCCGUGUUCUCCGUUUGGCAUCCUGACGUGCUUCAGCUCUAUGUCGAUUAUGGACUAUACGAGGAUGAAAGCGGAUGUGUUAGAUUAAAAACGCCUCCCAUUCAAGAGGCUCUUAUCCUCGCCACCCCACGAACUAGCCGCGAAACUUGGGAGUUAAUGGAAAGGCUUGACGAGAACAUUGAGCUGCUGUGGAUUCUCCCCGGAAGCCCAAGCCAGGAAAUGUUUAAGGAAGGGAAGAAGCAGCGUGCUUGGCGCAGACCCGCAAAUUCAUCUAACAUCGUCAUCAAGUCAUCUGGCCAUCUCAUUCCUGAGGAGGCUCCAGAAGAACUCGCGCAAAUCAUGGCCGACUUUCUGCACAGGAAAUACAGUAUUUCCCCAACGAAGCCAAAGCUCUAAAAUUUGUGUACAUGAAUGGAUGCUGAGCAGCAAAUAUAUCUGGAAACCUGUAAGGGUGCUACAUACGGCGUAGCGAGAAUGAUACGAAUUCGACGGGGGUUUAGAAUAGAUCGAGGUAAGGUUUCGACAAUCAGUUGAUAGCAUCGAGAAGCGUUCAGAGAUUCGGUCCUUGCAAACUGGGU